CGGCGGAGCUCAGCGAAAAGGGCGUCUUGGAUGGCCUCGUCCCGUCGUCGCCUUCGUCCCUUCUCUCUCCUCUGAAGCGGGAGAACGAGCGAGGAACAGACGGGAACCCUGUCCCGUCUUCUCGUCUUGCCCCGAAGAGAUUCUUGGAGACGAACGCUCGUAGUCGUAGAUCGGAUCGUAGAAGCCUUUAGAGAAAGCGCUCUGGAACGGCGGAAGCCUUGGAUUGCAUCAGUUCUUCUUUUUCUUCCCUAAUUCCUUGUGCAGGUGGAUCGAAGCAAGGUACUUUAGCGUUUGUUAUGAUUGGGAGAAGAAGAAAGUGAAAAGGGGCCUUUUCUUCUAUUCGGUCAAUGUUUUCAAGAAGAGUGGGGGUGGAUAUUUGUAGCCUUAUCUAGGGAUCCUGGACGCGAUAUCGAAGUUUUUUUUUGGGGUAUGGAUCGAAUCUCGAUGCCCUUAUGGAGAAGUAACUCAUUGGUAUGGGUUUCUUGAAGAGCUUUAUGAUGAACAUUUGAGGCUCUUGGGACAGGAAUCUGGAAAUUUUAUGUGGACUUAAUAGUAAGAAAGGCAAAAUGAACAACACUUUCAACAAUCAAGUUUUAGCUGAAAAGUUAUCUAAGCUCAACAAUUCACAACAAAGCAUUGAAACAUUGUCACAUUGGUGUAUUUUUCACCGGAAGAAAGCCAAAGAAGUUGUUGAGACAUGGGAGAAACUGUUUAAUAGCUCUCCGAAAGAACAAAAAGUCUCUUUUCUGUAUCUGGCAAAUGAUAUUCUACAGAACAGCAGGCGCAAGGGGAGUGAGUUCGUAAAUGAGUUUUGGAAGGUCCUUCCUGGAUGUUUGAAAAAUGUAUAUGAGAAUGGAGAAGAAAAUGGAAAGAAAGUGGUCAUGAGAUUAGUAGAAAUAUGGGAUGAAAGGAAAGUCUUUGGUUCUCGUGGACGAAUCCUUAAAGAUGAUAUUCUUGGUAAUGCUCCUUCUUUGUUGGAUAACAAUGGAAAGAGUUCGAAUCCUAUAAAAGUAGUAAAGAAAGAUGCAAGUUCAAUAAGAAUUAAAUUGGCUGUUGGAGGAAUGCCUGAGAAGAUAGUAACUGCAUAUCAAGCCGUACUUGAUGAACACUUCAAUGAAGAUACUGCCUUAAAUAAAUGCAAAGCUGCUGCUUGUUGUGUUGAGAAGAUGGAGAAGGAUGUUAAUGAUGCCCGUGCUCAAGGUAAUCAGCAAGGAUCACCAUUGAUAAAUGACCUUCAGGAGCUGGAAACUAUUCUAAACCAAUGCACUGAGCAACUCGAAAGUGUCAAAUUGGCUAGAUCAUCCUUGAUUGCUCUGCUAAAAGAAGCACUUGAGGAACAGGAAUCAAAGCUGGAGCAUGUCUGCACUCAAAUACAAGUUGCUCAAGCUGAGAUUGAACAUGCCAACAACAUGAGGCAGAUACUUGGUUCAGCUACCAGUGGCAAUGGUGCCAGCCCUAGCCUCGCCCCUCCAAACAUGACCCAGCCUAUCAUGACUUUUCCACCAGAAGCAACCCCUGUCACAGAACCCAACCUUUCUCCCACAAAACCCAUCAUCCCGCAAGUUCAACCACCACAACCUGUGAUGACUUUUGCAAGUACCUUAACCAGUGCAGAAGAGGAGCAAAAGAAAGCAGCAGCAGCUGUCGCAGCAAAGCUCGCUGCUUCAUCUUCCUCAGCACAAGUGCUGACCUCUAUUCUAUCAUCUUUGGCUGCUGAAGAAGCUGCUUCCAAAAAUAGUGGUCUAAGUACAGGAGUCUUUGCGAGCAGCCCACAGAUUUUCCCAGUGGACAAAAGACCCCGACUCGAGAAGCCCAUGGCUGUCUCUGAUACGAGUAAUGGGUCCUAUUUCGGACAGGUUCAGCAUCAGGCACCGCAGCAUAUGACAUCCAUUCCUCUUGCACUGCCCCAAGGCUCGGCCACAACUAUGCAGCCAUUUUCCCAGGCUAAUCAGGCAAGUCAACCAUUUUCACCACCUCCACCACCUUUGCCACCAGUGCCACCACCACCAGUGCAGCAGCAGUAUGCACAACAGACUAGUGGAAUGAUGGUAGGCGUGGUACCUUUUGGGUAUGUGGGUAAUCCUCUUCCCCCCCCACCUCCUCUGCCGACCCAUGUAUCAAUGGGGUUGACAAGACCUGGCGCUCCACCUCCGCCACUGCCUCAGCAGCAGCAGCCGCCACAGCAGCUGCAGUCGGCUCCAGGAGGGUUUUACCGGUCCCCAGGAAUUGGCUUGUAUGGGCAGGUGCAGACAACUCCACCGGUCCAACGACAAUGAAGAGUGUUGGCUUCGGGUCUUCCACAUGACCCAAUCUGUUUUAAUAUGUAUAUUAGUAGCCCUUUUUUUGGGUAAUCAUAUUUAAUGGAAUGGGUAGAUAUAGCCGAGGCAAAGCAGGAUCAGCACUGAUGGAAAUGUCUGUUGACAGAAGCAUGGGUUUGUUAUCUGUGGGGGCAUGCAUGUCUCCAUUCUUUGUAAGCUCAACAGUCUAGUUGUUUUUUGUUCUCAUUGGAUGAUGACCCAAUUUCUGUUGAUGGCAUUAAGAGAAGAGGUAAACUUAACGUUACAACCCUCAUCUUCUCACUUCUCACAGAUAAUGUUGGUUUUUUGGGCCAAUGCAAGUCUUAAUGAUUAAGGGAAAUUUUUUGUACACUAC